AUGCCUUUUAAUUGGUUCAAUUGUUUAUAUUUUUAUUAACUAAGUUUUUACUUUUUUUGAAACACUACAUAUUAUAUUAUAUCGGUCAAAUUUUGAGAUUUAAUAGUGACUUAUUAUUACUUUCACACAUACACGGCAAUAAGACCGCAGCAAAUAAUAAUGUCUAAUUCAGGAGAGAAAUCAAAUGCUAAUGUAGCAGCAGCUGAUCCUCUCCAAAGAUUGGCUUCAUUCAAAGCCCCUAGAGAUCUUUCACUGGGUGGAUUAAAGCCCAAUAAAAAAGUUUUUACUCCCAAUUUAAAUGUAACCAGAAAUAAAAAUAAAGGCCCAUCAACAGCAAACAGUAGAGAACACAAGAGGGACGAUAGACAUAAAAAGGAACGUAAAAACAGAACCAGAAAUGGUUCAAAUAUAAUCAAGUCAAGUGGAGUUUUUUCAGAGGGUCUUGGCAGUGUGGAGAGGCAUUACAGCAGGGUUUCCUACAGUAGAGAUAGUGAUUCAGCUCCCACACUCCAGAAGCCAACAAUAAAAGUUAAAGAUAUUGUAAAGAUUGACAAUGAGUUAGAAGAGAAGAAAAUUAAAGAAGCUUUUGGUGAUGAUAUAUCCUAUGAAAAUGAUAGCGAAGAUUUCAAAACUGUGCUCGAUGUUGAAGCACCCGUCAAACUUCCAAUGGACGAUGGAGGCUGGUCAAAAAACCAGACGAAAGCCGCUGUGAAGAUAAAACAGGAGGUGGUUGUGAAACAGGAGCCCACUGACGAUGUGGACGAUGCUCUUCCAGUUUUGAAAGAGUCACCAAAGCCGGACGUGAAGGAAGUCUUCGAAGAUACAAAUGUUGCCAAUUUACUGGGGAGCGACAAACCGGCUCUCAUAUUACUGCAGCUAUCCGACACGCUGCCGGGCCGCGGCGGCGGCGGGGACGACGAGCCGCGCCGCAAGCACGACCAGCCCUCCACCUCCGGGGAGGACGCAGACAAACCUGUCGAUAAUAGAUGUAGGCUGACAGACUUGGAGGAAGGUAAAAUAGGCAAGCUCCGCGUGCAUCGCUCCGGACGCGUUACGCUCCUGCUCGGCGACACCGUGUUCGAGGUUUGUUCGGGUACCAAGGCAUCAUUUUACCAGGAGGUGGUGUCGACCGCGGUUGAUGAAGCAUCUCGUUCAGCCAACCUCGUGUCACUGGGGGCUUUGCAGCACAAGUUGAACAUCACACCACAUUGGCAGACAAUGUUUGAUAAUAUGUCAAUGUGAUGGGCAUUUAUGUAAUGUUAUGUUAAAUGUAAAACACUGUAAAAUUUCUAUUUAUAUAUAAAUUGUUGAUU